GGUAGGCCGAGCAGGAGGCGGCGAGUCUCCCGCGGCCCCGGAACGCGCUUCCCCCGCCGGGGCGGCCUGAGGGGCGCGCUGCGGCCCGGCCCGCGGGAGCGCGCCCGCGCCCGCCGUUGGAUGUGGGAGAGGAUGGAGGCCAAGACGGUGGUCUACGACCUGGACACCACGGGCGGCCUCAUGGAGCAAAUCCAGGCGCUGCUGGCCCCUCCGCGGAGCGACGACGGCGGCGGCGGCGGCGGCGGCGGGAGCGAGAAGCGGAGCCGCCGGCCGGACCGGAGCGCCGACCCGCACCACCACCACCCCGCGCCGGGCCACCCGCCGCCGCCGCCCGCUGGCCACCCGCACGGGCCCCCGGCGCCGCCCCACGCGGGGGCCCCCCACGGCGCGCAGCACCCCGCGGCCGCGGCGGCGCAGCGGCGCAACGGCCGCGCCACCAACCACGACAGCUGCGACAGCUGCAAGGAGGGCGGCGACCUGCUCUGCUGCGACCACUGCCCCGCCGCCUUCCACCUCCAGUGCUGCAAUCCCCCGUUGAGCGAGGAGAUGCUGCCUCCCGGGGAGUGGAUGUGCCAUCGCUGUACCGUGCGCAGGAAGAAGAGGGAGCAGAAAAAGGAGCUCGGACAUAUGAACGGUUUGGUUGACAAAUCUGGGAAGAGGACCUCGUCUCCAAUCAGCGAUGCCGACUACUUGGACCGGGCGGGCGGCGGCAGCCUCCGGACGCUUCCCCACGCCCGGCUCUUGGAGCGCAGAGCGAGCCGGCCCGGCACGCCGACAUCCAACACCAGCACCGAAACCCCCAACUCGGAGCAGAACGACGUGGACGAGGACAUCAUCGACGUGGACGACGACUCCGUCCCCGGUGUGGAAGCCGAGGGCGGGCAGCCCCACCUGAAGCGGCCCUUUGAGCUGCUGAUUGCUGCCGCCAUGGAGAGGAACCCCACCCAGUUCCAGCUGCCCAACGAGCUCACCUGCACUACGGCCCUGCCAGGUACCAGCAAGAGGAGGAGAAAGGAGGAGACCUCCGGGAAGAAUGUCAAGAAAGCACAGCACGAGCUGGACCACAAUGGGCUGGUCCCCCUGCCGGUGAAAGUCUGCUUCACGUGCAGCAGGAGUUGCCGGGUGGCCCCUCUCAUCCAGUGCGACUACUGCCCCCUCCUGUUCCACAUGGACUGCCUGGAGCCCCCACUCACGGCGAUGCCGCUGGGCAGGUGGAUGUGCCCGAAUCACAUUGAGCACGUGGUGCUGAACCAGAAGAACAUGACUCUGAGCAACCGGUGCCAGGUGUUUGACCGUUUCCAGGACACCAUCUCGCAGCACGUGGUGAAAGUGGAUUUCUUAAACCGAAUCCAUAAAAAACACCCACCCAACCGCCGAGUGGUCCAGUCGGUGAAGAGGAAGGGGCUGAAGGUCCCGGAUGCUAUCAAGUCCCAGUAUCGGAUCCCACCAGCAUUGAUAGCGCCUGCGGCCAUCCGAGAUGGGGAGCUUAUCUGCAACGGCGUUUCCGAGGAGCCUUUGCGUAAGCACCGCGGCAACACUUCCCAGCACUUAGCUGCCCAGUCGGAACAGCAAGAGUGGCUGUGCAGCAUCGUCGCCCUGCAGUGCAGCAUCCUGAAACACUUGUCCACCAAGCAGGCACCUUUGCCCUGGGACUCAGAGCAGGUGGAAAAAGCAGACGUGAAGCCGGUGCUGGCGGCCGACGGCUCCCUUGCCAGUCCACACCAGGCGGCUGACAAGCUGAGCACCCCUCCCGUUUGCCCGGCCUCUUGCACCUCCGGGCGCCUCCCCCAGAACUCCCUGCAGGACGAGACCCCAUUCCCUUCAUGUGCGGACAGGCCCACAAAGCCCCCCCUGUGUGGGACAUCCAAUGGCCUUGGCAGCACCGUGGAGGUGAAGAUCAACGGCCCUGGCUUCUACGUCGAUGCCUCCACACCCGCCUCUCCCAGGCCGAGCGGGCAAGGUGGGGCGGCCCCCGGCCUGUCUCCUCGUCAGCAGCCCUGGCCCAGGCCCAGCACUCCCCCGGCCGCUUGUGGGCUUCUCAACCAUGUGGCCGGUGCAGUCGUCAAAACGGAGAACACCGUGGGGCCUGUGCCGUGCCCCCACAAGGUCGCCGUGCCAGUCACUACCCUGCUGGCUUCCGUCCCCAGCUCUUGCUUCAGCCUGGAAGCUGCCACCGCGUGGCAGCGGAAGAACGCUCGGGCGCAGAUUGGGCCUCUGCUGACCACGGAUCUGGGGGCAGCAGACUCUCCCCCGACCGCCACGUGGGCACUCACUCCUCCCCAGGCGGCUGUGGGCGAGGGUGGCUCUGCCAUCACCCCUGCCCACGGCUUCUGCUCAUCAGCCCCACCUCCAGAUGGAAAGGUCAGCCCAAGCACCCUUCCCGCUUUAGCUACCCCUUCCUCGCUCCCUUCCAGUUCUUUGGCUGCAGUGGACGUUGCUGGUCCCGUGAAAGCAUUAAUCGAUGGCAGUGGAGCAGAGAUUGAGAUCGGUAUGCUGGAUGAGAAACUGAUCAAGUUCCUGGCCUUGCAGAGAAUACACCAGCUCUUCGCUUCCAGAGCCCAGCCCUUGGCCGACAACGCGGGGAGCCGCCCGCCCAGUUCUGCCAGCAGUCCUGUAGGAGGACAGAGGAAGGAGGUGCAGGCCCGGGCUGUCUUCUACCCUCUCCUGGGCACGGGCAGUGCUGUGAGCAUGUGCUACAGGACCCUCUACAUCGGGACAGGAGCAGACAUGGACGUGUGCCUUACAGACUACGGUCACUGCAACUACGUCUCGGGCAGACACGCCUGCAUCUUCUACGACGAGAACACCAAACAUUACGAGCUGCUCAACUACAGCGAGCACGGCACAACGGUGGACAACGUCCUGUACUCGUGCGACUUCUCUGAGAAGACAGCGCUCGUCCCGCCCAGCAGCCUGGUUGCCAAAGUACAGCACGUGCUCAAGCGCCACAAGAGCCGGAAGCCGCCGGAGGAGGAGCCGCCGCCGAGCGAGGAGGCGGCCGCGGUGGCGAUGAGGGCCCAGGCCCAGGGGCAGGCCCGGCCCCCCUGCAGCUGCAGAGCCAGCAGCUCCAGCCUGAUCGGCGGCAGCGGGGCAGGGUGGGAGGGGACGGCCCUGCUGCACCACGGCAGCUACAUCAAGCUCGGCUGCCUGCAGUUCGUCUUCAGCAUCACGGAGUUCGGGACCAAACAGCCCAAGGGGGACGCGCCGGCCUCGGUCCCGGAGGUGGACCUGGAGGAGAAGCCAUCCCCGAAGGCCCACCAGGUCCCCGUGCUCCGGUCCAACUCCGUGCCGUAGGAGCCGGGAGCGGGAGGCGGGAGAGCCCUCCCUACGACGCGAGACGCCCGUGCGCCACGCCUGUCCGCUUUUUUUCCUACGUGGGCCGCAGACUUUUGAUGCCCUUUGCAUGACACGAAGAACUUUAAUUUUUUUAUGGUUUGCUCAAGUUUUAGGGGCAUUUGCACAUAUAUUUGUACUAUACAUUUCAUUUAAAGAAGAAAGGAAACUGCCGCGUGCGGAGGCUGUGCUGGGUGGAGCCAGUGAGGGGGGGCUCAUGGAUGUGGCCCGAGGCAAGCGCUCCCUUGCAGUUGUAAAAUAAUCAAAAACUUGUUCUAUUUUGUGCCAGUGACAAUAGUUUUUAUAUUAAAAAAGAGAGAAAUACAGUUUUCAUACAGCAAAAUCUAUACAACUAUCAUUGUUUUAUUUAAUGUAAAGAUGCGCCCCCCUCAUGCCGGUUGUUUUUUUCCCGUUCCCGCGUCCUGGGCCUCCUCCCCUCCUGCCCCGCGGCACUGCUGGGGGCCGGGGCCGAGGGAGCCACGGUCCUCUAUCCUGGCGUCCAUCCUGUUUUCAGACGGUGAGAAGUAUUUGGGGUUCUGUGUAAAUACAUCAACUGACGGCAUUUUUCCGUGUUUUUUAAGCUGUGUACAGUGGUACGUGUGGUAUGACGUUGCCUCCGGUUGUCUAUUGUAGCAAAGCGUUUUUUGUCGUAAGCCUGUUUCCGCCCUUUUGUUCCAAUACCUCCCUGCCCCCCACCCCACCAUCCUGUUCUCUCAGCAGCUAAGUUCUGAUGUACAGAAGUAAUUGCGAUGUUUUAGGCUUUACGGAAACUUUUUUCCUGUAUUCUGUAUAUAAAACAACAAAAUACGGCA